AUGUCCUGUAACCGAACUUCACUUAAGGCUUUAGUGGUGGAGCGUCUGACUGCGGCUGCGGAUCAGAUCUUUGCGCUGUUUGAGACCACGAUAGCGGAAUAUGAAGAGGAAGUGCGCAAAUGUAGAGAGAUACAGUGCGCUAAUGCUAAUGCUAAUGCUAACGGGAUACAGCACGUGGAGCAGAGCGAGGCUACACCACAGCCUCUGGACCUGGACAUGGGUCUAGACCUGGACCACAGUCUGGGAGACACGAAACCGUGGUCCAAGUGGACACAGACAGAGGACCAAGGUCCGUUCCUGAGCCUGAACCAGGACCAAGGUCCGUUCCUGAGCCUGAACCAGGACCAAGGUCCGUUGCUGAGCCUGAACCAGGACCUGUCUGGGGCUGUUCCAGAGUUUUCCUUUGUCUGUGGUAAAACUGAAGACCCUGAAAUGCAGAGCCCAGACAUCGACGUGGAGGACUCUGUGGACCCCGACGUGGAGGACUCUGUGGACCCUGACGUGGAGGACUCUGUGGACCCCGACGUGGAGGACUCUGUGGACCCCGACGUGGAGGACUCUGUGGACCCUGACGUGGAGGACUCUGUGGACCCCGACGUGGAGGACUCUGUGGACCCCGACGUGGAGGACUCUGUGGACCCCGACGUGGAGGACUCUGUGGACCCCGACGUGGAGGACUCUGUGGACCCCGACGUGGAGGACUCUGUGGACCCCGACGUGGAGGACUGGGCGGCUCCUUUCCGCUGCUCAGAGACAGAAGAUGGCAAAACACAACACACCACUGGUCCCUCGAGCGUCUUAACACAAACCCAGACUGAAAAGAACACAAAGAAAAAGAAAUUCCGGUGCCACAUUUGCCAACGGUUUCUCUCCUCAAAGCACCACUUGGAAUCCCACCUUGGAGCCCACCUGGUUGGGAAACCUUACCCGUGUUCCCACUGCACCAAGGCCUAUGUUUACCAGAAUGCGUUUGACCAUCACAUGUGGAAACACCAUCGACGCUUUCUUCAGGGCAAGAAGAGGUACCUGUGCCAGGUGUGCAAUAAGUUAUUUUCAAACACCGUGACGCGACAAAAGCACGUGAGGGCUGCGCACAUGGGAGAGGCCCUGCUCACGUGUCAGUUCUGCGGAAUGAGCUUCACCUCACGCCACGAGCUCAAGAAGCACUCUGCCACACACACAGGCAACAAACCUUUCAGCUGUUUGUUCUGCAAUGAAGGCUUCUUCCAGAAAUCUGAUCUGAUCGAGCAUAAGAAGAGGCAUUCAGGGGAGAAACCCUUCAGCUGUUUGGAAUAUGGGAAGAGCUUUAUGUUCAGGAAACCUUUUGAUAUGCACCUGGAGAAACACAAUGAGCAGCAGAGGGAGAACUGA